AUGGCUCCGAAGCCCCGGAGCCCUGAGAUAAUUUGUGCUGAAUCUAUUUCCCUUAAUCAUCUUCUACAUGAGAUUCCAGAGAAACCGAGCCCAAACCGAGUGACCGGGUCGCACCAUAAAUUCCCUUUCACCAAGGAACGUGACUUGGUAGAGACUCUCUCGUUCCUUUCUAAGACCAUCGAUGGCUCUGAAUACAUCCCCGCAGUCUGUGUUGAGAAGGAUUAA